UGUGUGUGGUCUUUGUCUGUGUGCGUAAAGAAUAUGGCGGCUGUUGCUGAAACAGCCGAUAUGACGAUUCAAAAGAAUUCGCAGAUUUUAGUGAACGUGGAAGAAGCUCUCGCUGAUUUACUUGUGGUUUCCUAUUCUACAGACACCAAAAAAUAUCAAGGUGUACUUUUGGACUCCAACAAAGGUAAUUUACCUUUUGGAGUAUACAGUCUCCAUCCAGCGUUCUCAAAAAAGACUGCAACCACUGAAACCGCAGAUGAAAAGUUACAUUCCGUUAGCCAAAGAUUCACGUAUCAGGAACCUCAGUAUGGGAGUGAAAACGCUGAGAAGGCUAAAAAGCCCAGUUUGAAGGGCAAACCUCAGGCUCGACAAAAGAUGACGGUAAGAUUGCGGCCUCGAAAGGUCCUAUGCUCCAAUUGCCAAGGGAUUUGUAACGAAAACAGUGAAAACGUAGACGUGUCGAAAAAACGCAAAUUAGAUUCCGAUGACGAUACACCCCACGACAACUCUGAGUCACCUCGUGCAGCGAAGAAAUACUUGAUGGGCAGCAUGCUCAUACCUAAACUGUCCAGACUUCAACCUAGCGAAAUAAGUAGCGCUAUUAAAGGUAAUAAAAAUUCCAAUAAGGCUAGUGACAAAUCUGUUAAAAAUGUGAAGAUUGAAAAAUCUAGUGAUAAUGAGGUGUCCACUACCCGGGAGCUAGCUUUUGUAAGUGUAUCAGAUGACAAUGACUGUGAUAGGGAUGAACCUAAAGAUGACACUUUUAAUGCCAUGUUUCAAAGUGCAAGAACUCUGAAAAUAUGCUUUGGGGAAGGGGAAGGAACUGUGGUCAAAAUACCACCUCUUUCUGGAGAUUUUAAUGAGGAUUCGGGUGUAUCUUGUGAUAUGACUAAACCUGAAUCAAAAGCUGCUAAAAAAGCUCUGAAGAAAGCUAAGAAACAAGCAAAAAAAAACAAUGCCAUAGAUAAAGAAAAGGACUGGAAUGGUCAAUCGCCAAAGCAUAUUGGAGCUUUGUCACCACGGAACAAUGUAUCAAACAGUCCACCUUCAGAUCCAUUAGAGAAGAAACACAAAAAUAAAGUAAAGCAUAAAAAGAAGAGCAAAGUUCAGAAAAAACGGGAUGAAAAUACAAGCAAAUGUGGCGAGAGUGAUUCAAACGACUGUUUUAGUGAUGUAAAGGAGUCCUGCUUGAAACAGAAGCUUUCAAUUAGUUUGCGGAGAUUGAGUAGUAAUUCUUAUGAACGUAGAAGUGAACAGGACAGCGGGUCCGAGGAGUGGGAAGGGGAUGUGGUACCAGAUUUUCCUGCAAGUAGCAAUGAAGGCAUGGGGGGUAAAAUGCUGCGUGUUUCUCCUGGUGACAUUGUGUGGGGGAAAGUUGUCGGGUUCCCGUGGUGGCCAGGCAGGGUGCUGAGCGUGACACCUACAUCUAGAGCACAUGUAGCCUGGUAUGCUUCAACUACAUCAUCCCUGAUGCCAUGUGACAGCCUCAGUCCUUUUCUAGAAGACUAUAAGGUUCGCUUCAACAAGAAAAAGCGAGGUGCAUACAAAGAGGCUGUGAAGCAGGCAACGAUUGAAGCAAAGAGAAUCGAAUCUCACUUGCAGGAUCCUCUGGCUAGCCCGACACAUAGCCUGGCUACCAUGUCACCUCGUCCGAUUAAUGUGUUCUCAUAACUUGUGAUCGUAAAGGUAUACUGCCGAAUUUAUUCAAACAUUGUGAUAUUUCCAUGAAUUGAUUGUCUGCACAAACUUUUAUGUGUACUGUAGGCCAUAGAAGAGGACUCAAAUUUAAAUUGUUUUAUGAAAGGUUGACAUUCUAAGGUAAUUUGCAAUAUUCCUAUGUUUGUGAAUAUUGUGUCUUCUCCAUACAGUUUUAAAAUAUAGAAUACGACUUUUCAUGAAAGACAAUCUAUAGUAAACCCACUGAGAACAAUAAAUGAAUUUCCUUUGCUUUCAUUCAGUUGGAUAAAAUUAAAAACCUUAUUUAUAGUAACAAAAAAGUGAAAUAUUCAACAACUGUAAAAACUAGUCAUGUAAUGCAGUUAAGAAAACAAGUAAUUUUGAGACCUCUUUUACGGAACAUUGUUUACAGACCAUUUCAUGUUAUGAAUGUUGAAACCACUCAUAAACUAAAUGCAUUUUGUUCCAAAAAAUAUACCUAAAUAUAAAAGCAAUAAAAAGAACGUGAAAUGGACUGUAGCUGUAAUCAAACAUUCUUUAGGUUUAAGUAGUGAUGUAAAUGUUAGGAUUAAGUUCUUGGGUGUCUGUUAGUGCUCAUUUUCAUCAGUUGUUGUGAGUGUGCAAUAAAAUUGGUGCGUGAGGUCCAAUCACUAUAAAUAUGCCAUGUGUUAAGGCUUGAUGGUCUCAUUUAAGUUUGUUAAGCCAUUGUGUAGUUCCUUUCAAAUCAAGGGUGACCUUGGCCUAAAGUUGUGCUAUGUGGUCUAUAGUAAGAUCUCUAACAACAUUGUCUACUAGGUAAAGUACUGAUUUAGUUUUUUUUUAAUGAAAUUAUUUUACACAGUGUUGCCAGUAUGUAUAUUUAAGAAAGACAGUAUUGAUGUAUAGAAAGUAAGUAAAUAUUUUACUUACUAUAAUAAUAAAAAAGCAGUUUGAGAACAUUUAAAUAAUAGUAUGUAUAUACUUUUCGAUCAUGGAAUGGAUUAUACAGAAACUCGUGUACACAUCAAGAAAAGUUUAAAAUAAAUUAUUUUUUAUGGACUUAAAAAACAGAAAAUUUAAUAACGACUUUGAUGCUAAGGAAAGUUCAGGAAAUAUUUUUGUAAUUUAUCAAUUUAAGAAAUUCCGAUGACUAUUUUUAUACUCAGUUACCCUUGAUUUGAAAAUUGUUUCUGCUUAAAGUGACUAAGAGAGCUUAUUAGCUAUUAUUUAGCUUCAACACUCAUUUAAACAUUUGUUUUACAAAGGGUUCACUUCCCAUUUAUUUCAUUUUAAACCCCUGACCAAAACUAUUGUUAUUAGGUAUAUAUUUUUAUUGUUUACUAGCUUUUGCCCGCGGCUUCGCUCGCGUUAUUUCGGGAUAACACGGAUCACCUUUUGCUCCCCCUAUUAGUGGGGGGGGGGGGUUUAGAAAGAGACAAAAACAGCCUAUGUCACUCUCCAUCUCUUCAACUAUCAUUUUUUCCAUGGAAUGUCAAAUUUAUAAUAUUAGUACAAGUUUCAAUUUUAAAAGUUAAUGUUGAAUCUAUCACAUCAAGAACACGUAACACUUUUACCAGUGUUGGAUUGCUAACAAUUUUAAGCCCAAAACUAACACUCAUUGUUAUAUUUUUUUUUUUACUUCGGCACUUUUAAUAAUUUAUCUUUUAGUGUCCAUUUUAUGACUUUACGACUAUAUCCCGGGAUUGUGAGUGGUACAUCCAUCGUAAGAUGAUGACCUAAGUACCCACACCCCCCUCUAGUACCCUCUAUUAGACCAACGUGAUAGGCCGUAUUUGCCGUCGUCCAUUUUAUAAAACAAUAUUCUUCUCUCGUGUGGGUUUUAAAGUCUAACUAACCUCAUCAACCCUGGUGUCAGAUUUACUGUCGAGCCGCCAAAGGCCCCUGAGAUGUCUCAUGUAACGACUUAACACACUAUACAAUAAUUAUUCUACAAAUACUACACAAUAUUAAUUGGUUGGGGGUUAAUAUUGUUAUUUUUCAGAUACAUAUUAUGUUUAUAUGUACAGUCAUGAGCAAUAUCUUGUACCCACUUUAGAACCCCGUCGCACUAUCAUAUUUGACAUUUUAUGAGACUCACCGUUUAAUUUGUCAAUAAAGUUAAUGUGACAUGGUUUCAAAGUGUAUACAUUUAGUACUUGUGACCGUACACAGUUAUGUUACAGUCAUUCCUUUUGCCUCCCUCUUGGCUUUGGACGAAUUUUAUUUUAAUAACACUAUAUUUUGUUAGUUUUAAAUACUUAUAGAUUUAUUUUAAUAUUAUACAAACGAAAUAUUCCUUUAUGAUUACUGUACCUUUUAAUACGAUGCUAUGCAAGACUAGCUGUAAAUAGGUAAAUAGAUGUUUGAAUGUUAAUUCAAAACCAAGAGGGCAGACAUAAAAUUACUUAUUGUUAUUUAUUUUUUAAGAAUCAUGUAAAUUAAAUGGAAUUUUGUAUAAUUUACAUGUUAUACUUUUUAUGUUUAUUUACUAGAUGGUAGCUAGACUUUCUUACUAUAAUAUACAUUGAUUUUGUAAAACAAUCGGGAUCUGUUUUAUGGCUGUUUAAAUCAUUUGUAAAAAAUAUAUUGUUUACAUUGAAAUUGGACCAUUGAUUUGGAAAUUAAACACGUGUAAACAGCGAGGUAAAGGUGCUGAUUUCAGCUAACACCUAAAUUUAUUUUUAGUUUUACCUGUCAUACAUAUCCGCCAACAAGAAAAGUGACAGAUAAUUUACGAUGACCCUUUCCUUUUUUGUGGAUAACAAAAAGGAGGUGUCUGCGGGAAUUAGCACCAUUAUCAAUGUUAAACAUUUAGAUUUUCAUUGGUGCAUCGCUAGCCGCGGAAGCCAGAAAAAUAAAAAAUAAUUUCCCAAAUCACUUUAUUUAUGUUAAUUGGUUGGUACUUACUAAACAAAUUCUAAAAGCAAUGAAUUAUAAUUUACCUAUAAAAUCAAAAUAAUCAUAAUAUCUCUUAACUACAUGCAAAUUGCUAAUUGUACGAGAAUACUGCCAAAGAUACGUGAUCUUUGACUUGAAAUUAGUGAUUUUAUAAUCAAUAUCUAUGUUUUAAUUAAGUAUAUGCUAUAACGUAUUACAUUAACAGGUGGACUUGUGAAAACGUAGAUAUAAGCCUGAAAGAGGUUGUAUUUUAUGCUGAUAAAAAAGAUAUUAAUAAUAUAGGCUCAUGACUACAUUGUUCUACAAAUACCAACAUAGCGUGCCGAGCUGUAUACCCUUAGUGCGAAAGAGACGAAAGAUAAGUCUGUUUCGCACAAGGCGAUGAUAUCUCUCCUGUCACCACAGAAUACUUAAAGUAGUACUACGCUGUCACUUUAAUCAUGUUUACAGGGUAUAUAAGCACCCGCGGUUCACCAAGUUAGACGAACGUGAUUUAUAUCUGUCUGUCUUUAUCAAAAUUACUUUACUGUGUAUGGCGGCACAGUUUUGCCUUUGCCUUUCCCCAAGGGGAUAAACAAAAUUAAAAAGAAAAAUUACUUUACUGAACCAAUUUUGAUAAAGCUUUCUCCAUUGAAUAAGUAACUCGAAAACACAGCUGUCUGUAUGUAAAAAUGUUAUUGUUCAUUUCUGUAUUAACUAAAAUACAAGUUCUUUAUCGUA